AUGUCCCAACUGUCCUGCGGACACAGUCCCGGACAUGGACUUUCGGACGUCCCGUGUCCGCCAAAAAUCACCGGGACAACGUCCGUGAACAAAGUUGCCGCUCCACAAAUUCAAAUCCAUACAUACAGUCAUUUAUUUCAUUCACAACAAAUACAUUUUCAACUUACAAUUCUUAAAGAUUCCGUGUUUAUAUGGGUUGGUUCUGAAGGGAACGAAAUAUUAGGAGACUUGGCAAUUAUCAUGCCUCCACUUUUACGAAACAAAGGUUCUACCGGAACAACUAUAUUAAAAAGUGAUGUUGAGGAACUCUCUAAGCAGUUUGGGCAGAAACUUGCUACUAAAUUUAAUAAGCAAUUCUUCGUAAGCAUCAAUUUGCCACCAAAUGCGGAGGAAAUUACAUUUGCCGAAAAGAAAGUUAUUGACAUAUUAAAGGAAUUCUUUUCAUAA